GCCCAAGUGGCCUGGAAAACUGAACGGGCGUUUCAUUUUUUUUAUUUUCUCAUUUCAUGAAAUUUUUCCUCACAUUUACACCGAAAUAAGAUCUCCUUGGUGCUUAUCGACUCCGGUCAUGAAUGAGAAGGCCUCCGUAUCCAAGGAGCUCGAUGCCAAACAUAAGAAGAUCAUAGAGGGCCUUCUUAGAUUGCCGGAGAACAAAGAAUGCGCUGAUUGUAAAUCAAAAGGGCCACGAUGGGCAAGUGUGAAUUUGGGAAUAUUCAUUUGCAUGCAGUGCUCUGGAAUUCAUAGAAGUUUGGGCGUACACAUAUCAAAGGUAAGAUCAGCUACUUUAGACACAUGGCUUCCAGAACAGAUUGCAUUUAUCCAAUCAAUGGGAAACCGAAAGGCAAAUGGUUACUGGGAAGCUGAGCUGCCUCCUAAUUAUGACAGAGUUGGAAUUGAAAACUUCAUACGUGCAAAAUAUGAAGAGAGGAGAUGGGUACCCAAAAAGGAAAAUUCAAAAGCACCUCCAAAGGAAGUAGAACAUAGGAAGAGGGACUCUCAGUUGAAUUCAACUGAGAUUGGGGGGCAGGAAAUCACUAACUAUGCAGAAUCGCCUGACAAUCUGAAGAGCCCGCAGACAGAACAUCUUAAACCUGUUAUAAUUGGGAUUCCCAAGUUAACAGGCCUGGUUUCUGAAACAAAAAUGAAAAGAAAGCCAAUCUUAGACUGGGAUGAGGCCCAAAAUGCUGCAACAACAUUUGCCAAAUUUUCCACUCCACCUGCAAAACCUGAACUAGUUACUGAUCAUUUUGAUAUGCUUUCUGCGGAGAAACAAACCGAUAGUGGACAUGAAUCAUCUGCUUUUGAAGACGAUGGAUGGGCAGAUUUCCAGUCUGUAGAAGCAAAUGCUAAAGCAAAUAAAGAUGCUCGCAAGGAGGUAGCUGCUGAAGCAAAUGCUGCUGUCAGUGAAGAUGAUGCUACCAAAAGAGUUCCGGAGACAAAUCAACCUGUGCUGGACCUCGAAGACCUAUUUAAGGAUGCAUCAUCAGUGACUGAAAUUUCAGGCCAGCAGAAGUCCAAGGAUAGUUUAAAGGAUGACAUAAUGAGCCUAUUUGAUAAGUCCAAGAUGGUUUCCCCAUUUGCCAUUCAUCAGCAGCAGCUUGAAUAUCAUUCUCAGCAGCGAAGUUUUCUCAUGGCUGCUGCAAAUUCUGGCAGUACUCCAACCAUUCCUGUCAUGACUCACCAACCAGGCACCGCUAUUGCAGGCACAUCCAAUACUGUUACUUCAGCAGCAAAUAGGCUCACUCCAAUUUACCAAAUUCCAGUUAUGUUGCAAGCUGAUGGAGAACAUGAUACUAAUAAAUCCAGUCAGCGGUAUAAAAUUAUGCCAGUACAAUCAUUGGAGAACUAUGGAUCCUCCACAUCACUGUCUUCAGCAGCAACCGCCAAUUCCUCCUCCAACGGCCAACAAGGAAAUGACUUUGCUUUUUCAUCAUUAACCGAAGGGAUGUUUUCAAAUCGUUAAUGACAUCAGCAUAUUCUUGUUUCUCGUUAAAGGCAAAGGAACCAAAUAAGUUUUAUAAGUUGUCUUCAUUUGUAUAUUCACAUGAAAUGAAUAAAACGUGCAUUUUUUCUUAA